AUGAGUGUAGAAGUGAAAUUUAUUGUCAGUGUGGACACAUCUAAGGGACAGUGUGUAUGCCUAGUUGGGGAUGAUGUCCGACUGGGAUCUUGGGACCCAGUAAGGGCAGUGGAGAUGCAGAGAGAAUUCACAGGGCAGAAUUGGAAACUGUGGACUUGCUCCGUGAUUUUAGACAAGAAUGCCACAUACGGAUAUCGUUUCUUUGUCAGCAAACAGCGACAGGCUAUACACAAGCAAAUGGACACAGAUGCUGCCUCUCCUACCUGUCCAACAACUCUGUCAAACAACAGUGAAAGCAGUGUUCCUGUGACAAUAUACAAGUGGGAAACAAAUAUUAAACCCAGACGCUUGUCUACAGAAAACUGUGAUGGGGUGUUGGAACUUCCUGAAGCAUCUUUUGGAACAUAUGACGACUCUUGUAAUGUUGGCAAGGGUUGGCUGAUCAAUCAGUGUGAAGUUCAAGUCCGCCUACACAGCAAUCCCAUUUACAUGUGGAAAGCUAGGCACAGAGAGCAGACCUUCAGUAUCAAGUGUAUAGCCAUGGACUACAGCUCCCAGGGGGGUCCUCCGUUUGAUGAUGCCUCUGAUGAUGAUUCCAGAGACGGACCUGAUCCUUGUUCAGUGGAUGAUGUCCUAGUUUGC